AUGGGAACCGAUGCGUGCAUGGGCAUUUUGCCUUACGAUGAAUUCCCAGCACCGGGCACUGUCCCUGAUGACACGGACGAGGCCUUUCGCACCUUCCUGGCCACCCAGGCGUUCGAGGUGUUGGAACAAAUUCUCCAGAAGCAGAAGGACGACUUGACGACCGCAGUUGCACAUUUGCCGCAGCACGUGCAAGAUCAGGGUGGAACUGGCAAUGAAGGGGGCGAGGAAAGGCCCUCCGAGCUCAUGCAGCAAUUGGAAGACCUCCAGUAUUUCUUGGAUCGCGUCUACCAGCAGAUCAAGGCUGUGCGAACUGCUUUGCAAAGAGGAACAGUUCCGGAUGCUGAUGACGAAAAUCCUUGGGCCAACUUCGAAGCAGCGCACGAUCUGCAAAGGGCGGUGAACGAUUGGAAUGUCGCCUGCCACGAGGUGAUGAGCUGCUAUUCUGAAGAAUUGCGAGAUCUCAUCCUUCAGGGUGCACAGGUGAUUUUUUCGACAACAACAGUUGGAGGACGCGCCAAACUGUGGCGACAGCGGAUCCCAACAGUGAUUGUGGAUGAGGCAUGUCAGUGCCGCGAGCUAGAAACAAUGGUUGUCAUGCGCAGACAUGUGCAGCGGUUGAUUCUGGUCGGCGACCCGGAGCAGUACAGAAUGCUGCCUUUGAUCGCGGACUUCCCGAACAGCGCAUUCUACAAUGGCGAGGUGGUCAACGAUGACGCCAAGCUGCAGUUCUCCAUGAAGAAGGGCCCGAAUAAAGCGGCCAAUGCGGGUCCAGUACACAAAGAGACGACAAUGUCCGUUCAGGACGCAUUUUUGAAAACCCUGCACGGGAGAGACCUUGAAAUCGCGCGAUCACUGGGCUGCGCCUCCCAAGAAGAAUUGGAUAUCGAGAAGCGGAAGCUGGAGGAGCGAAAGGCCAAAGCAGAAAUCGCACAAAAGAAGAAUCUGCGGGACAAUGAGUGGAAGAGGCAAUGCGAAAUUAAUUACGAGAAGGAGCAGCGGCAAAAGCAGAGAGAGGAAAGCAAGUGGAAGAAGCAGUUGGAGGACGCCAAGAAAAAGGCAUUCUCGCAAGGUGUUCUUGAGGCGUACGAUUAUGGAGAUGGCGUGUGGUGGGUGCAGUUGCAAGACAAAAAGUGGAUGGAAGUGCAGGGGCGGUACUACUGCGAAUACUGCAACAAGCAUCUCAAUGACAAUACCCUCGAGGCCCACAUAGAUUCGGAGGCGCACAAGAAGAAGCACGCGUGGGCCACUCCAGCUUUGGCAGGUCCUCCUGCCCCGCCGCCUGUGGCAGCUCCACGCGGGCCUGCGCCGGCGCCGCCCUUGACGGCCUCCUUGUCACCCGUGUGCCCACCAGUGGCACACCUCCUAGACUGGCAGCAGGUAGGGCCUGAUGGUUUGGUCCGCUGCAUUCCCUGUAACAAAGUUGUCGAUGACAACCACAUUGGAACAGGAGAUCACUGUCGAAGAUUGGAGGCCUGGCGAGAAUAUGAGAGGCUGAAGAAGACCGGCCAUCCCGCCCCGGAAUUGGAAUACUUGGCAUGGGUCCCCAGCAUUGACGGCGAUCCGAACUCUGAGAAGUGGAAGAAGUGCCUCCUGUGUAAGAAGUGGGUUCAGGAUGAGACCUCGCAUUGCGGCACAGCUGCGAACCCACAAGGGUCCAAAGAGCACCAGAAAAAUUUGCGAAACUAUAUGGGCACUGCCUGGUACACUGAGAAUGUCAUCAAACUCCGGAAGCAAUAUCAUCCAGAACCAAAUGUUCGCUCCUCGUCGUACCCUGCGGCUGGACCGGCAAGCCCGGCCCCUUGGGCAAAAACGCCAGCACCAGCACUUGCAAAUGCAGCACCGCCGAUCCAUGCAACACCGCCAACACAAACGGUACCACGCGCAAAGGCAGCACCACCGGGCUUUAUGCCAGCCACCCCGUUCCUUACUGUCCAACCAGUUCCAGACGACCCCUGGGCACUUCCAGCAGAAGAAGUCCAUCAAGCCGCUCCUCAAGCCCCCUGGGACACAUAUUGUGCGAAGCCAACGCAGGUGCAGCCACCUUUCCCACCAUCUCCAACACGGCUUCCCUCGGAAACAGAGGUUGGCGAGGUUGAAGAAUGCUGA